UUAACAGCGCUGCACACCGAGAGCUGGUGAGCGGGGUGGGGUGGACCUCGGCGGACGAGCUGUACUCCUGCAGCGACGACCACCAGAUCCUCCGCUGGAACCUGCUCUCCAACGACACCAGUGUGCUGGUCAAGCUGCAGGACCACAUCUAUCCCCUCGACCUGCACUGGCUCCCCAAGACCCUGAGCGGGAAGAAGCAAGCCGGGGCCGAGGUCUUCGCCCUCACCAGCACUGACGGUAAACUCCACCUGCUGUCUAAAUCGGGCCGCAUAGAGAAGAGUGUGGAGGCGCAUCGAGGAGCCGUUCUCGCUGGACGCUGGAAUCAUGACGGGACCGCUCUCAUCACAGCUGGUGAAGAUGGACAGCUCAAGAUCUGGUCUAAGAGUGGGAUGCUGAGGUCAACCCUAGCCCAACAAGGGACGCCGGUGUACUCUGUGGCCUGGGCUCCAGACUCGGGACGGGUCCUGUACACGUCGGGUCGGCAGCUCGUGGUGAAGCCACUGCAGCCCAGCUCUAAAGUCCUGCAGUGGAAAGCUCAUGAUGGAGUCAUUCUGAAGGUGGACUGGAGUGCCGUCAAUGAUCUCAUACUGUCAGGAGGAGAAGACUGCAAGUACAAGGUGUGGGACAGCUAUGGGCGGCUCCUGUUCUCCAGCUCUCCUCAUGAUUACCCCAUCACUGCAGUGGCCUGGGCUCCUGACGGAGAGCUGUUCGCCAUGGGCUCCUUCCACACGCUCAGGCUGUGUGAUAAGACCGGGUGGUCGUACUCGCUGGAGAAGCCGAGCACUGGGAGCUUGUUCAGCCUGGCGUGGUCUGCGGACGGCACUCAGCUGGCGGGCGCCUGUGGGAACGGACACGUGCUGUUCGCUCACGUCGUGGAGCAGCGCUGGGAGUGGAGGAACUUUGAAAUCACUCUCACCAAGAGACGCACGAUGCAGGUCAGAAACGUGUUAAAUGAUGCAGUAGAUGUUCUGGAGUUCAGAGAUCGUGUCAUCAAAGCAUCACUGGCUCACGGUCACCUGGUGGUCACCACCUCUCUGCAGUGCUACGUCUACAGUGCUAAGAACUGGAAUACUCCGCUGAUCUUUGACCUGAAGGAGGGCACGGUCAGUCUCAUCGUGCAGGCCGAGAGGCACUUUCUGCUGGUGGAUGGAGCAGAGGUGUAUGUGUACUCCUAUGAGGGCCGUGUGGUGUCGUCUCCCAAGAGUCCCGGCUUGAGGAUGGACAUCCUGAGCACUCAGUCCAUCUCCCUGAGCAACGACACCAUCGCCAUACGAGACACGACUGAUGAACGAGUCGUCUUUCUGUUCGAGGCCCAAACGGGAAAAGCCAUUGGUGACGGCAAACCUCUGAUACACAAGAUAGAGGUGGUGUUAGUCGCACUGGAUCAGUGUGGCCUGUCUAAUGACAGAAGGAUCGCUUUGAUCGAUAAGAACCGUGACCUCUACCUGACCUCUGUGAGAAAGCUGGGCCGAGCUCACAGCAUCUAUAAGAUCGGUUCAAUGGUUGACACUGUGGCCUGGAACGACUCUGCUAACAUCCUGUGUGGAAUCCAGGACAACCAGUUCACAGUGUGGUAUUACCCUAGUGUGGUGUUUGUGGACAAAGACCUGCUCCCCAAAACCAUCUUCAGCAAGGACAGCAGCGAGUUAAGUCGCUCUCCUCAGAUCGUGAGCUAUGUGGGCACUCAGGUGACUGUCAGACGGGCGGACGGCUCUCUGGUGUGCACCGCAGUGUCCCCGUACCCGACCUUACUGCACGAGUACACCAGCAGCGCCCGCUGGGAGGACGGCCUCCGCAUCUGCCGCUUCGCUAAGGAUCAGGUGCUCUGGUCGUGUCUGGCAGGUCUGGCGAUGGCCAAUCGGGAGCUGAGCACAGCAGAAGUGGCGUAUGCAGCCAUUGGAGAGAUUGAUAAGGUGCAGUACAUCAACUUCAUAAAGGAUCUGCCGUCGAAGGACUCGUGUCUCGCACACAUCCUGCUGUUCAGCGGACACGUGCAGGAGGCCGAGGCCAGUCUUCUGCAGGCCAACCUCACGUAUCACGCCAUCCAGAUCCACAUCAACCUCUACAACUGGGACAGGGCUCUGGAGUUGGCAGUAAAGUACAAAACUCACGUGGACACGGUCCUCGCUCACAGACGGAAGUUCCUGGAGGACUUCAGCAAACAGGAAACCAACAAGAGAUUCCUGCAGUACUCUGAGGGAGUGGAAGUGGACUGGGAGAAGAUCCAGGCUAAAAUUGAAAUGGAGUUUGCUAAAGAGCGGGAAAGAGCAGCCAGCUCAUCGGUCAGAAGCAGUGUGUCUGUUCGCCGCUAGACACACACACACCUCUAGCAUAGUUCAGGUAAACUGAGGUCUGGAUCUCAGUCGGCUAGCCAUUACUGAUCUACAGACUCA